GAGUCUUCCCGCUGAGAUGGCUCCGAGCAGGAAGAUGUUUUAUUUUGCCUUUGCCUUUUUCUUCAUUUUGGCUCAAUUUAUAUCAGGGUGCCAGGCAGGACUAGAAUAUGCCCAGCCACUUCCAGCAGGUGACUUUGCUCCUUGUGAGCCAUGCUGGCUUGGUCGGGGCAAGUGCAGGAAGAUGUGCACUGAGGACGAGAAGGUUGUUGGAAAUUGCAAGGUGAACUUUUUCUGCUGCCGACGGAGGAUCUAGUAAGCAAUAUCAGCACUCUUCUGGCUUCACACACAAGUCUGGAUGUAGAAGGAAGGUCAAGAGAAGUUAUGCAGCUUAACUAAGCCACACAAUGAGUGAGUGUCAGGAUCUUCUCAUUGCCUU